GUGACAAUGAGAUUUUAUUCAGCAGUUUUUGUCCUAACUACCGCCGGCCUAGCCUGUGCCGCCAGCUCGGCAGGUUGCGGACAGCCCUUGCCCCCGCAUCAGAGCCGGGGAUCCAGUCAUGGAGUCCACUUCACCACCUCGGAUGGAACCCAGCGAUUCUACUUAAUCCAUAUCCCCUUGAACUACGAUGAGAACAAGCCAACGCCACUGAUCUUCUCGUUCCACGGCCGGGGCAAAACGGCCGAAAACCAGGAGGCACUGUCCCAGUUCAGCAAUGAAACUUGGAACCCGAAUGCUAUUGCCGUGUACCCUCAGGGCCUUAAAAAACAAUGGCAAGGUGACCCCGAUUCCAAGGGCGUCGAUGACAUAUCAUUCACGCUUGAAAUGCUAGACUCCUUCCAGGAUCAAUACUGCAUCGACUCUACCCGCGUAUACGCAGCGGGUAAAUCUAACGGAGGCGGAUUCACCAAUCUCCUAGCCUGUAAUGCGACCUCAUCCACCAAAAUCGCAGCCUUCGCGCCGGUUUCAGGCGCCUAUUACCAAGAUGUCUCCGAGGAGGAUUGUCACCCCACUACUGUACCGAUUAAAUGUAAUCCCGGUCGCACUCCGAUUCCUAUCAUUGAGUUCCAUGGCACGGCGGAUAAGACGAUCCCGUAUGGGGGCGGUGGUCGACGGGGAGAAUGCCUCCCUUCUGUUCCGCAUUUCGUGCGCGAGUGGUCUAAGCGACUGGGGUAUGGACUCCAUAACCAGACUACGAAGCUGUAUAAUGGACAUGUUCUGGAGUACCAGUAUGCGAGUGGUGAUGAAUUGGGGGUUGUGACGCAUUACCGGAUUGACGGAUUGGGGCAUGCUUGGCCCAGUGUCGGGCCUAAUAGUGAUAACCCUAAUGGGACGUAUUUGAAUGCGACGCCCAUUAUUUUAGACUUUUUUAAGCGGUGGUCGUUGUCUGAGAGCAGGGAACUCGGCAAGGAUGAGAUGUGAUAGGUAUCAAGGGCUGGGUGCGAAAGAGAUCGACAAGAAAUGGAACAGACCAGGGCAGCUUUGUUUUUGUCUAUGCUUGAGGUGAUGUAAGGGAGCUUGAAAUGCAUAUGGUUUCUGAUAUGGACUCCACGUUUACGAUUUUCAUAUGCAAGUCUUCAAAGACACAGUGAACGCUGAGUAUGGAAAGAUAUUGUUCCAGUUAACCAAUCUCUAUGUCUAGGAUCUCUCCAAUACUCAAAGGAAUUUGGAUCUGAACACUCUUGAGAACCAAAAGCGCUACAUCCCAGCAAGCCUACUGUAGCGUUUUGAAGUAUCAUGGUGAGGUUCAGGGCGGUCCUACAAGAUGAAUUUCCUUGAUCUACAUUAACUACAUUGAAA